AGCCAUGCAGCGUGAGAAGCUGCAAUGCAAGAACCUGCACGAUUACAUGCGCAGCCUCAGCCCUGCCAUCCUGGACAAGCUGUACAACCACCCCGCCACCUGCCUGGCCGUCUUCAGGGAGUUGCCACCACUGGCCCGCAACUAUGUAAUGCGGCUGCUGUUCCUGGACCAGCCCCUGCCCCAGGCUGCCGUCACCUUCUGGGUCAAGAAAGACAACCAGCGAGACCAUGAUGACUGUAUGGGCAUCGUGACAGGUCUCCGUCUCUGGCAUUCCCAGCAGCUUCCCGGUGGUCUCCAGGGACUGGUCCUCAACCCCAUCUUCAAGGAGAACCUACGCAUCGCGCUCCUCGGCGGGGGUAAGGCAUGGGCUGACGACACCAGCCAACUGGGACCGGACAAACACGCCCGAGACAUCACCUCACUGGACAAGUACGCCAUGGAGCGGUGGGAGGUGAUCCUGCAUUUCAUGGUGGGCUCACCCAGUGCAGCCGUCAGCCAGGAUCUGUCCCAGCUCCUCAUCCAGGCCGGGCUCAUGAAGAGUGAAGGGACAGAAGCCCCCUGUAUCACAUCUGCUGGCUUCCAGUUCCUGCUCCUCGACACCUCCUCCCAGCUUUGGUACUUCAUGCUCCAGUACCUGCACACUGCUGAGACACGAAAGAUGGACCUGGUUGAGAUCCUGUCGUUUGUUUUCCAGCUGAGUUUCUCCACGCUGGGCAAGGAUUAUUCGGUGGAGGGGAUGAGUGAGUCGCUGUUGACCUUCCUGCAGCAUCUGCGUGAGUUUGGGCUGGUCUUCCAGAGGAAGCGUAAGUCUCGGCGGUUCUACCCGACGCGGUUGGCCAUAAACCUGGCGCUGGGUGUGACGGGCAGCGCGGUGGAUGUUCACCGGCAGGGUUACAUCGUGGUGGAGACCAACUAUCGUAUCUACGCCUACACCGACUCAGAGCUCCAGCUGGCCCUCGUUGCGCUUUUCUCCGAGAUGCUUUACCGGUUCCCCAACCUGGUGGUGGCUCAGCUGAGCAGAGAGAGUGUGCAGCAGUCUAUAGCUAACGGGAUCAGUGCCGAGCAGAUCAUCCACUUCCUGAGGACCAGAGCUCACCCCGUGAUGCUGAAAACGACCCCGGUGCUGCCUCCCACCAUCACCGACCAGGUGCGGCUCUGGGAACUCGAACGUGACCGGCUACAGUUCACCGAAGGUGUGCUGUACAACCAGUUCCUGUCGCAGGUGGACUUUGAGUUGCUGCGUGACUAUGCGCGGGACCUGGGGGUGCUGGUGUGGGAGAAUCCCCCCAAGCGGCUGAUGGUGGUCACCCCCACCGGCCACCCCGACGUCAAACGCUUCUGGAAACGGCAGAAACACAACUGACCACCCGGGGAAUCUCCCCACAUUCACGCCCCCUCCCCUCUCCCCCAUCCCUGCCACCCGCCCCCCAA